AUGUCAUCCUCUGAAUCAGCUAACACCCCCAGUAACUCUCCCGUUGACCCUAUUAGUGAGCUUGAUGCUCGUUUGAGUUCGUUACAGGAUGAAAUUAAAUACUAUAACUCAUUAAAAGCACGCGCACAGACUGCCUUAGAGAGCCAUCGCAGUGAUUUGACGCUACUUCAGCAAAAAGAAAGAGCUAUUUUCGCUACAAAAGAAGACGAUCUCCGCCUUCAGUUACACGAAACCAUUCAGUCCAACCGCGAGGCCCUUGAACAAGUCGAGGAGGAGCGGCGGAAAGCGCAACAACUUUUCUGUGAGGAACUAUUGGCCACCCGCAGUGAAGAUUUGACACGGAUAAAUUCUCUGCAAGAGAAACAGGAGGCACUUUGGCGUCAACGGCUCAAGCUGGAGCGUAAUCUCAUGCAUCUUGAAAGUAAAAUAAAAAAACUGAAAGGUGUCAUGCGAAAUGAUCUUCAUAAACAGGCAUGCUUACACACAGAGCUGCAAGAGGCUAAGCAGGCAUUGUUAGAUGCCUCGCACAAACUGACUGGCACGGAGCGCUCCUGUAGUGUGUGUCCUAAAAACCACUCGGAGACGUUCACUCCCCUUAAAUACCCUACUUUAGCAUCUCCCCGGAGACUGGUGUCACCGAAAAGGCACUUUAUCCCAAGUAGCCCCACUAUUUCACGCGAAAAAACUGUACAGCUCUCACGUCAAGGCCGUCGUAAGAGUUGCGACGUCUGUUUUGACUUUUCCCCGCUACGACCUGGACAUCGUCGGCGAGACCGUUUAGCCAACAUACCAGAAUCCCACAACAUAGCGUCGAUGGUUUCCACGCUCGAACGACGCAACUAUUUACGCCCGAGGGCCUAUCUUCAGCAGCAGGGUCGUGAUAUGGGCUAUCAGUCCUCUUCAAUGAAGAUUACUGGAGGUAGGCCACUACCUCUCGUCUAUGCCGCCCCAAUGACGGUAAUUAACCCAUGUGUGGAGUCGCCCAGGCAGGCGCAUGGCGGUGAAGCCAAUGCGGCGACUACCAGGGUGAACGCCGCGGGGGAUUCCUCUGCCGGGAGCAAAUCAACCACAUCACUUACCAGCAGCUCAUCAUCAUCAAAUUCUAACGGCGCCAAAAAAGUGGCAUUUCCAGUACCCCAACAAAAGUCCAAGCGGGGGUCUUAUGUUCCUAGAACAUCUUCUCGCAUUAAAAGCCAAACCAAAUGUUCCGAAUCGUUAACCCCUUCUGGAUUCCCAGCAGUACCUAUUACCGAUGGUCUCGCAUUAAAUGCCGCAUGUCAAACGCUGAAAGAUGAAAUUACAGAGUUAGAGGAGGCAUACACCGCGUAUUAUAAACAGCUUCAUGACCCGUACUGUGACUCGGUUGCUACUAGCCAGCAGAUGCGGCAGUUGAUGCUGGUGAUCGAUCGAAAGGCGGACCAGUUGCGAACGCUGCGUUUGCAGCAGCAGAAACACCAAGAGAAGUUGCGCAUCCACCACGUCUUGAAGCAGGUAGAACGUGAGAACAAUUUGUGCGAGCAGAUGUACUCUAAUAUUGUUCACCUAGUUCGGGCACCGUAG